UGACAGGUCACAGCCCACAGGAAAAUAAAAAAAAAAGAGUUGUUUACUCGUUUAUAAUCGUUUUCGUUUAUAAAUAUAAAAUCAUUCUUAAAUCAUGGAAGAUAUUCAAGUUAUAACUCAGGAUUAUGUUAACGUGCAUAUAACUAAAUCAGAUGCUGAAGACACACCCUCUGUAGAGCGACGAUUUAAAAAAUCUAUUACAGUUGCCGAUUUUAAGACGAAAUUAGAAUUAGUAACGGGAGGAAAUGCGAAAACCAUGAAGCUAAAGGUAUACGACCAAAAAAACAAUUUUGUAUGUGAUAUUGACAAUGAUAAUGCAUUACUGGGCUCGUAUCCCAUAGAUGAUGGUAUGAGGAUACAUGUAAUUGACAAAUUCACAUUGGUCAAAGAUUUCGAAGCGUCUGACAGUACUGAACGAUUCAAGUUAUCUGAGGAAGAGUAUGAGAAAAAAGGUGACACAUUAAGAUCAUUCUUACAAAAGAACAGACUGGGGAAGUAUAAUGAAGAAGAGAUGAACAAAAUGAAAGAGCAGCAACAAAAAGAACUUGAGGAAGAAGCAAAACUAGCAGAUGCAGUACUUGUUGGGGCUAGGUGCGAAGUUCGGGUUCCGUCUCAGCCACCGAGGCGCGCCACUGUUAAGUACAAUGGGCCAUUGGAGGGAGCCAAGGGACUAUGGAUUGGAGUGCAAUAUGAUGAACCUAGGGGGAAGAAUGAUGGAUCUGUAAAUGGAAAACGUUAUUUCACGUGUCCACCGAAGUAUGGCGGUUUUGUAAAACCAGUUUACAUUACCGUAGGAGAUUUCCCAGAGGAAACAUUUGAUUUGGAAGACGAAAUAUAAUCAUAAAAUUAUCAUUAUUUAUUGCUUUAUAAAUAAUUAAUUUUUGUCGCUGAGAUCUAAACAUGUCCAUAAAUUAAAAGUGGUUAGUAGCUUCUAUUUCGCUUGUAAUUGAAAAUUUAACAAUUUUUUUUAUUUUUCACUAUUGGUGAUUUUAAUAAUUAUUCUUAACUAUAAAGUUAAAUGGUGCAAAUUUAUAGUAUUCGUGUAGCAAUUGUAACUACAUAUUAGUCGAUUGGUCUUUUUAACAAUGAUGGUUUUAAAUAAUAGCAUAUUUCCUGCGAUAUUUAUAUGAUAUAUAUACUAGAAUAUGUCAAUUCCAUUGUUGUUUUGUUUGACGAAUCCAAAUAGUGGUUAUAAUAAAUGCGAAAAGAGCUUUGCUUAAUAUUUACUUCUUAUCAAAAAAUAUAACCAUUUCUGAAGUUUAGCAUAACAUGUGGUAUUUAGUUUGACUAUGCCCGUGGUCGAGGAUAAAACCAUUUGUGUUAGAAAUCAAAUUGGAUAUGUUGCACAGAGCUUAGUGAACAAUCACGCUCAGUAAAAAAAGAUAUUGUAUGCAAAAAUGUGUGAUUAAAUGUAGAAAUUCCGACGGAAUAUAAUUAAAAACAAUUUGUACAUUAAUAUUUUACUGGAUGAAAAUUUAAAAUCUACUGCUACUAAAUACUGAACUGCCAUCUAUUUAUUGGCGUAUUUUUGAAGUAAAACUUCUUUAGAAGUAAUUGGACGAGAAUGCAACGGAAACGGAAGUCGGUUACGGCAAGAUGGCGUUACGUUUCUGUACCGUCCAUUAUAAGGGCAGGCAAAGGGUUCGAGCCCAUUCAUCCAUAAUCGUUAAUAUUCAAUAACAACAUCAUAUUGGUAAUUAAUAAUCUAACCUUCAAUUUCUUAUUUUUUAAUUAUAUCAAUCCUCUUUUAAAUGCCGCCUAAACAAGUAGGUACCUCCCUAGUUGCAGUACUUCGAUUUUUUGAUGAGAAGUUCAUUAUACAUAUAUUGAUAGAAGACUGAUGCAUUUUUAUAGGAUCAUGAGUUUUGUUUAAAAAUCAUGACAAAUUAUUUUUAUAUUUGAUAGAUUAUGUUGUGUUUUAAAACUAUUGCAGUUCGUUGAUCAAUCAACAAGCAAGUGUAAAAAUAUUAUGUUUGCAAUACAUGUGAUAUCAUUUUUAUUUAAUUAAUUAAAAAUAUAACAAUAUAAUCUGAAA